AUGCUGAGCCGGCUGAUGAGCGGCAGCAGCAGGAGCCUGGACCGCGACUACCCCUGCACCGUCCGCCUCCUCGACGACAACGAGUACUCCUGCACCAUCCAGAGAGAUGCCAAAGGCCAGUCCCUCUUUGACCUUCUGUGCCAUCACUUAAACCUCCUGGAGAAGGACUACUUUGGGAUCCGCUUCGUUGACCCCGACAAGCAGAGGCACUGGCUGGAAUUCACAAAGUCUGUUGUGAAGCAAAUGCGAUCUCAGCCCCCUUUCACUAUGUGCUUCCGGGUGAAGUUCUACCCCACCGACCCAGCUGCUCUAAAAGAGGAGAUCACCCGGUAUCUCGUCUUCUUGCAGAUCAAACGAGAUCUGUAUCAUGGGCGCCUCCUGUGCAAGACCUCCGACGCUGCUCUGCUGGCCGCCUACAUCCUCCAAGCUGAAAUCGGUGACUAUGAUCCUGGAAAACACCCAGAGGGAUACAGUUCCAAGUUCCAGUUUUUCCCCAAACACUCUGAGAAAUUGGAGAGGAAAAUUGCUGAGAUCCAUAAAAUUGAGCUCAGUGGGCAGACCCCCGCAAUGGCAGAGCUGAACUUUCUCAGGAAAGCGCAGACCUUGGAGACGUACGGAGUGGACCCACAUCCCUGCAAGGAUGUGUCCGGAAAUGCUGCUUUUCUGGCCUUCACUCCUUUCGGAUUUGUGGUCCUGCAAGGAAACAAGCGAGUCCACUUCAUUAAAUGGAACGAAGUGGCCAAAAUGAAAUUUGAAGGCAAGACGUUCUAUUUAUACGUAAGUCAGAAAGAGGAAAAGAAAAUUGUUCUGACCUAUUUUGCUCCAACUCCUGAAGCCUGCAAGCAUCUCUGGAAGUGUGGGAUUGAAAAUCAAGCCUUUUAUAAGUUGGAGAAGUCCAGUCAAGUUCGCACCGUCUCCAGCAGCAACUUAUUUUUCAAAGGGAGCCGGUUCCGAUACAGCGGCCGAGUUGCCAAAGAAGUGAUGGAGUCUAGUGCCAAAAUUAAGAGGGAGCCUCCGGAAAUACACAGGGCUGGACUGGUUGCCAGCCGGAGCUGCCCCUCCAUCCCCCACGGACCCAGGCUCAGCAGCGUUCCCAGGACCAGGAGGAGAGCUGUCCACAUCUCCAUCAUGGAAGGGCUGGAGUCUUUGCGGGACAGUGCUCACUCCACCCCGGUCAGGUCGACCUCCCACAGCGACACCUUCUUGCCCCACCGCAAGUGGGAGAGCACCGAGCGUGUGACCGUCAUCUCAGACGAGGUCUACAGUCCCUCGGACAGCGUGCUGCCCACUCCAGUGGCCGAAGAGAGCCUGGAACUGAUGCUCCUGUCCCGGCCAGUUAAUGGCGCCCCCUGCAGCAUAGAGGAAGAGGAGUCGGAAGCCGGCGCUCCAGCGGGGGAGGCAGAGGAGCUGGGAAGGGACCUCCGCGCCUUGUGCAGCAGUGGAGGAGCCCAAUCAGAACAGGUGAAUAAGUUUGUUUUAAGUGUCCUCCGUCUGCUCCUUGUGACAGUCGGACUCCUCUUGGUUUUGCUCCUUCUCCUGAUCAUCCUUACGGAAUCUGACCUUGACGUUGCCUUUUUCCGUGAUAUUCGCCAGACCCCCGAGUUUGAACAAUUCCAUUAUCAAUACUUUUGUCCCCUCAGGCGAUGGUUUGCCUGCAAAAUCCGCUCCGUACUCAGCCUGAUCAAUGAUACCUGA